AAGUUAUACAUGUUUCGGUGACUGUAAGUGAAGCUGCACAGUUUAAUAACCCUUACAUGCGUGUGUAAGUGCAGUAUUAUGGGCUUUUGAAUGGGUGCAGGAGCUGACGUUAUAUAAACAGAGGAAUGUUUUUGACUGGUAAAAGGCAGCAAGUGGAAUUGUUAUUUUUUUAAUCAUUACUGACACACACACAAAUAUAUAUAUAUAUAUAUAUAUAUAUAUAUAUACAUAUAUAUGUAACACAAUGGAAGUCUUGGAAGGAGCUGGUGAUGGAGAGAACGUGUUGGAUUUGUCCCAUUUGAACUUGCACAGUGUGAAUUUUGAGACUGUGAGUAAUACACGGAGGAUAGAAACCACCCAGAUUCAUCUGUGCUACAACAGACUGGUAGAACUUCCGGUUUCCAUCAGACGCUUCACGAGCCUGGAGUUUCUUGACGUGAGUAAUAACGGACUGUCGGUUCUGAGUGACGCCGUCACGGCUCUGACUCGGCUCAAGACCCUCAUCGCCAAAAACAACCGCUUGGAUGAGUUCUCUUUACCCAAAAACCUCAGUUUGUUACAGACGCUUGAGGUGGUGAAUCUCAGCGGGAACCGCUUCGAGGAGAUCCCCAAACAACUGCUGCAGUUACAGCGACUCCACUCACUGUCCUUCGGGGGAAACCGUCUCAAACACAUCCCUCCUGAUAUAGACAGUCUGACCAGUUUGGAGCUGCUGUAUUUGGGAGGUAACAUGAUCUCGUCAAUCCCAGUGGAGCUGGCCAACCUGCCUGUGCUCAGCUACCUCGCGCUGUGUGACAACCGCAUUCAGAGCAUCCCACCUCAGUUCACCAGGCUUCACUCCCUGCGUUCUCUCAGUCUCCAUAAUAAUCUCCUGACCUAUUUGCCACGUGAAAUCCUCAGCCUAGUGCAGCUCCAGGAGCUCAGUCUCCGUGGCAACCCUCUGGUCGUGCGUUUCAUCAAAGACAUGACCUAUGACCCUCCGUCACUGCUGGAGAUGGCGGGUCGCACCAUUAAAACGCGUAACCUGCGCUACUCAGAACAGGACCUGCCUGCCGACCUCGUCAGAUACCUGGACCUGGCUAGCAAGUGUCCUAACCCUAAGUGUGGAGGUGUGUACUUCGACUCGUGUGUGCGCCAUAUCAAGUUUGUGGAUUUUUGCGGGAAGUAUCGGCUGCCGCUCAUGCACUACCUGUGCUCCCCAGAAUGCACCUCUCCCUGCAGCUCCAACCCUCAGAGCGACGCAGACUCGGAUGACGACCAGAGCGUUUCUGCCGAUCGGCUGCAGAGAGUGCUGCUGGGAUAGCACACACACACACGUACACACACGUACACACAUACACACACACGCACGCGCACACACACACACACACACACACACACACACACACACACACACACACACACUCUCACACACACAUGCACGCACACAUGCACGCACACACAUACACAUACACACAUCUCUUUCUUUCUGUCACUGGUGCUGCUUUUCCAAACACACUGAAUUUUGUGGCCCACCAGAUUCAGUAUGCUUUUUAUUUCAGUUCACAGACGCUGCCUUUCAGUAUCGUUCAUAACAAACCCUCUGCCACAGCUCUGUCCUCCGGUACAGUGCUUACUAGCUCAUCUGACCGAUUCAAGCAUAGUGUGUGUCUAACAUGAAGUUAGUGCAUUAUGAUCACUGAUCAAAUUCCUCUUUUUAUUAAAAAAUGUGCUAGCUGGGGAAAAAAAACGGCUUUAUGAAGUUUGAAACCGUUAAGCCUUUAUUUUCUCACUUUCACUCUGCGAAUCCAAAUUCUUUGGUGCUGUUACAUUAUUAACUAUUACACACACAUGAGAAUUUAACUGAUUUUGCUUUUCAUUAACAGAAAUAACACCGAGGCUCCCCUUUAUCACCCUGGAUACGAAUAAAUUGUCCGUACAAAUAUUCACACCAGAUUUUGUGCACUUGUGAAAGUCCCAUAAACUCUGAAAAACCUUUGGAACCUUCUCGUGCUCCUGGCAGUGUGUAAACCUACGCAGAAGAAGACUAACUGAUCGAAUCGAUUCACAUGAUCUGAUUGUUUCAGAUACGAAUAUUCCGUCAUUUUUACAGUAAUGCCAACCUGUCAUGGAUAAACUGCUUAUUUUGUUCACGUUUACAGCAUUUAGCAGAUGUCCUCAUGACCUCGACGAUUCUAUCAAACAUCCUCAUGCUAGUUCACUGGAUCAGGGCCUAAAAAGGAAAAAAAAACAUUUGUGAAAACUUUGGUGAUUUAUACUGAAGGUAUUAAUUAAUGACUGGAAAAAUAAAAUAUAGUCAGCACAGUCCUAUCAUUUAAGACUAAUUAUUUAAUUAUGGAAAAAGAAUUGAUGACGUAUAAACAGAAGAAAUUAUUAUUGUCAUUAAUAAUAAUAUUAAUAAUCAUCAUAAGCAGGGGGCACGGUGGCUUUAGUGGUUACCACGUUCACCUCACACCUCCAGGGUUGGGGGUUCGAUUCCCAUGUUCUCCCCGUGCCUCGGGGGUUUCCUCCGGGUACUCCAGUUUCCUCCCCCGGUCCAAAGACAUGCAUGGUAGGCCGAUUGACUUCUCUGGAAAAUUGUCCGUAGUGUGUGUGUGUGUGUGUGUGUGCCCUGCGAUGGGUUGGCACUCCGUCCAGAGUGUCUUGCCUUGAUGCCCGAUGACGCCUGAGAUAGGCACAGGCUCCCCGUGACCCGAGAUAGUUCGGAUAAGCGGUAGAAAAUGAAUGAAUGAAAUCUUUUUAUUGCCGUUGAAAUUAGUCUCGAUGCACACGAGUAUGAAGAACAUCAGCCUUUCUGAAAGGGUUAGAAAUCCAGCAGUUUAAAUAUUUACAUGCAGUGUUUUGAUCACAGAUUGAUAAAUGAGGCUCACUGUUCAAACCCACGGUCAUCUUCACUCUUAUGGUAACUGUUUGUAGGUCAGUCAGUUGAGACUCUCCAGUCGUCAUGGUGAUGAAAUGACAUUCUAAAUUUCACGAUAGACAGAAUUUUGGUGUGGGAAAAUUGCUGUUUUGCAUUUUGAAGCUCAAGUCGGCGAGGGUUUGUUAAUAAACCGUACUGAAAGACGGUUUAUGAGAGCUGGACAUGUGUCUUAACAGCAGAGAUGUCCGUUACAGGUUACUUUCCUCACCUGGCAAAUCUGUAGCUUUGUGUUUUGUGUUUUAUCUUGAAACAAAACAGACCGUUUUUUUUUUUUUUUCAUUCCUUUUUUUUUUGUUGUUGUUGUUGUUGUUUUCUUCCAGAAGAUAUUUUCUUACACCAUUAGGGGCCACGUGGUGCUAAAAUCGUGUGACAUUAGCAACCAAGCAGCGUUCGAAUCAAUAGGGAUGCAUCUAUACUGUGUUUUUUUGGUACUCGUCUAGACCGAUACUGAUCCUCAACAACAUACUCUGAAUUCAUCUGGAAUGUUGUAUAACAUUUUAUUUAGUGCUGUUGACGUUUUUUUUAAGUUUACGUACUGGCCUUGAAAAAGUGCACAAGUGUGUAUUCAGGCGCUUCCACUUCCCGGCUCGUUCGAUGACAUUAGGUAGUUCAGCUGAUGUUAGAUACUGUAGCUCCUUCGUUUUCCCUGGAUGGAGUAGGGUUGCGUCAGAGAAGGAUUUGUUGUAUUUGUUGUACGUUUAAUUCAUUUCAUUGUGUUCGAAUCCCUCACCUAGCAUUGUUGAAAAAAGUGUUUUAGUUGUUUCUCUCCAGACUAAUUGAUUACUUAGCAUCAUUAAUCAGGAAACACGCUUCAGUUCGCCGUCUUUUCAUCUGGUCUGGACAAAAGUGUGAUCAUUUACAUUUACAUCUAAUUAAUUUCUCUCUCUCUCUCUCUCUCUCUCUCUCUCUCUCUCUCUCUCUCUCUC